AUGCCGCUGCUGCUGCGCGGCGCCUCCCUCCUCCGCCUCUGCCAGUGUACCUGUGGGCUCCGAAGUGCGAAUUUCAGUUCAAGAGUACCUGCACUAGUGAAUCUCAUCACCACGAGGGACAGAAUGAGGGCUACAUAUUCGCGUAGAGCUGCCUCUAAGAACAGUGAGGUCAAGAAAGAUGAGCAGACAGUCAUAGAGAAGGAAGAUGCUGCUGAAAGUGACUUGGAGAUAGAGCGAGUGAGGAGCAACCCUAGCCAGCUCCAAUCAAUGACUGUCAAGGAGCUUAGGGAGCUCACGAGGAGGAUGGGUGUUUCUGUGAAAGGUACCAAGAAAGAUUUAGUAUCAGCCCUGAUGGAUUCUCUGGGCGUGGAAGCAAAUGGUGAAGAGGGAAAGUCAUCCAUUGAGCUGGUUAGCCCCUCGGAGGUACCUUUAAAAAGAAAAGGUGGUGCUUCUGUUGUGAUGGAACAAAAACUAGAAAGUUCUGAAAUUAUUUCUGAAACACCUAGCAAGAAAAGAAGUAGAACAAAACAAAAGUCAAGCAAGUGCACCACUUUUGAGGAGAAUUCUGUGACUAAUGUCAAGCUAAGUAAGACUAUUGUCCAGAAGGAAACAUUUGUCGUCCAAGGUGCUGUUCCUAAUGAUGAUUCAGAGCCUUGGACUGUACUCGUGCAUAAGAAACCACAAGCCGGCUGGAUUCCAUACAACCCUAAGACUAUGAGGCCUCCACCUCUUAGCAAGGAUACACGGGCUCUGAAGAUUAUGUCAUGGAAUGUCAAUGGAUUGAAAGCAUUGCUCAAAUCAAGAGGCUUCUCUGUGCAGCAGUUAGCACAGAGGGAGGACUUUGAUGUGCUAUGCUUACAAGAGACAAAAAUGCAGGAGAAGGAUGUUGAAGUUAUUAAGGACACUUUGCUUGAUGGCUACACAAAUAGUUUCUUUACUUGCAGUGUGUCAAAGCUUGGAUAUUCUGGCACUGCAAUAAUUUCAAGAGUCAAACCACUCUCGAUCAAGUAUGGGCUUGGUAUACCAGACCAUGAUACAGAAGGGAGGGUUGUGACUGUAGAGUUUGAUGACUUCUACCUGUUAACUGCUUAUGUACCAAACUCUGGUGAUGGUCUAAAAAGAUUGACAUACAGGGUCACGGAGUGGGAUCCAUCCCUUGGUAACUACAUGAAAGAAUUAGAGAAAUCGAAGCCUGUCAUACUAACCGGUGACCUUAAUUGUGCGCACCAGGAGAUUGAUAUACAUGACCCUGCUGGAAAUCGUAAAAGUGCAGGCUUCACAAACGAGGAAAGAGAAUCAUUUGAGACCAAUUUUUUGUCCAAAGGGUUUGUUGAUACGUUUCGGAAACAGCAUCCUAGUGUUGUUGCCUAUAGUUACUGGGGGUACAGGCAUAAUGCGCGGAAGACAAACAAAGGUUGGCGCCUGGAUUACUUUCUUGUGUCGGAGUCAAUCGCUGAAAAAGUCCACGAUUCAUAUAUUCUUCCGGACAUCUCUGCCAGUGAUCACAGUCCCCUUGGCCUCGUACUGAAGCUGUAG